CUAACUGACUACGAUGGUGUGGAACUGUAAUGCGACUGGUAUUUUUUUUGCAAUGUGAUUGUGGAAGGCAUUGGAGGGACAUAAAAUAAAUUUCGUAUAUUUUCAAGGAAUAUUUUCAGAAUUCGUAUUUACUGUCUCAUAGUUUUAUUCAUACUUAUAUCUUUUUUAUUUUAUGAACGUACAUAGAAACAGUCAGAUCAAGUUUUUAUGGAAACUGUUGCUUUUAUACUUACCAAGAUGUCGGUGAUACUCUUCUACAAUUUUGACAAGAAAAAGAUAUAGAGUAACGUCAAUAUGAAUCAGAUUACCGAAGAAAAUGUUCAGAAUAUGAAGUGCAGUCAAAUAGGCACCAAUAUGAAAAACAAAAGUAAAAAGGCCAAAGAUCCUUCUGCAAGUCCGGACGAAAUAAGUAUAUCUAAUCAAGAUAAUCUAAGCGAGGCGUUAGCGAAUACUCUUCAUAUUAAUAAUAUCAAUAGUAACCUAACCAAUGGGACGACUGAUCAUCCAAACGGGAGCCCCGAAGGUCUGAGUGAUAAAUCGGAAGUACAAGAGGAUACUACGAGCGAAGCGGUGAAAGAUGUAAAUAGUGUACAGUGUAGUGAAGGAAUGUGUAAAGGAGGCAAAGAAGUCCUCACCCAAAACACUGACAGGUGUAUUUUCGAUGAUGCUUUACAAAUACUUGAUAACACUGCUUCCAAUGAGCAGCAAGAACCACGAGACGAAAUUGAAAUUAUAUCGUACGAGUCUGAGCAGCAGAUGCCAGAAAUCAUGAGACUUAUACAGAAAGAUUUGUCGGAACCCUACUCUAUCUAUACCUAUCGUUAUUUUAUUCACAACUGGCCUAAACUUUGCUUCCUCGCAACACAUGAAGGAAAGUGCAUUGGUGCCAUUGUUUGUAAGUUAGAUAUGCAUCGCAAUGUUGUAAAAAGAGGUUACAUUGCAAUGUUAGCAGUUGAUGAAAAAUAUAGGAAGAGAAAGAUCGGCUCUAGACUGGUGCGGAAAGCAAUACAGGCGAUGAUUAAUGAUAAUGCAGAUGAAGUAGUGUUAGAAACAGAAAUUACAAAUAAACCAGCACUGAAGCUCUAUGAGAAUCUUGGCUUUGUACGGGACAAGCGCUUAUUUAGAUAUUACCUUAAUGGUGUAGAUGCAUUGCGAUUAAAGUUAUGGCUUAGGUGAAAUAUGUAGGUAUUUAAAGAGAAAUUCUCAACGUUGUGUUACAUACUUUUGGAGGCCAUGCUGUCUUAGCAUUUGUAUAAAGUGGAUUACUGUUGUCAUAAUGGUGUAUCCUUCUAUUGCCAUCCAUGAGGAUUUAGCCAAAUGUAUAGUUUGUUUCAAUUAUUUAGUCAUGUGAUAAUAUGUUUAUCUAAUUUAUGUGUUAAAAUUGUUAAUGGAAAUGUUUUCACCAAUUCUUUUAUAUUUUGAAUGUAAGAUUUGAAGUGGUUAAUAUUCAAACUAAAUACACAACUUUGAAGAAUUAUAUUGUAGUCACUGUUUAUUUAUAUUUAUCACCCACACAAUAAAUAACGUUUUUUCAUACUAACUUGGAAAAGUCAACAUUUGUAUCUACUGGAUUUUUAUGUACUGUUAAAUAAUUAAAUAAAUAUAUGAAAUCCUUGAA